UGAUGCAGGCGGAAAUCGGCAUGUGCAUCGUCCUGGCACCUGUGUGCCAGCCGUCGGCAGAUGAAUCUUCAUCUUCAACUGACUAAUCAAUCCAUAUUCAAGUCAACAUACUUCCUUUAUUUCCAGUUGUCACUUACAAGGACACUUAGCUAUCUGGAACCACAGGUCUGGCACUGUGUGUGUGAUGUUAAUACUAGCUUAACUAUACCGGCUUUCCACUCGCUUUGUUUGUCUUUUUUUAAAUUCUUUUUUUAGAAAUUAUACAUCUUUUUAUUUCUAAGAAUCUCCUCAAAGCAAAUUGGCCACUGAAUUUGGCAUAUUGAGGUGACCAUAGUUUAGAGAGUUUUGUCUUACUUGAGAAAUAUUUUUCAUUCAUUUAAUUGUUUUCAGCUAUUAAUGACAAAUUCUCAUUCUUGCCAUGUUUCGCUCAGUCAUUCAACCACAUUUUUGUUUUGAAUUUUCCCCCAGUAAUACACGAUUUAAGAAUAAACCGGUAUGAAUAUUUGUGAAAUUCAUGCACUGGCUUUGAGAACGUUCAUGAACAUCUGUUUUCUCAAGAGGACAUUCCACUUCGUGUUGAGGAAAUCCUCGUCAUACUGCUUUUGCUUAGAGUUGCUGUUACGGUGACAUUAUCCGUAUCCCAAAACAAACAUUCCAAUUUGUCUCAGUUGAUAUGCUUCAUCAAUAAUAUCUGCAUACGUCUCCUAACCAAAAAGAAGCAUUUAAGUUUGUACUAAUUUGAACAGUGUGCAUAGAACGUAUAGAUUCAUACACCGCCAAAAGUAAUCUUCUUGCAUAAUUCGGGAAGGCCCAAUCUGAUAUACACCAAUUCAAGAGGAUAUAGCAAUAUAUUAAAUAUGGUUUUCUAACAAUCUAUGUUUUAGUAAAUCAAAUUCACCUGUGUUCAUUGAAUAUUCAUUGCUACUAAACAUGAACCUGUUCAAUACAGCAAAUAACAUGAGCAUAACUCAGGGCUAUGACAUAAUCAUUAAGGUAAGAGGCUCUUGUCUUAAUCACUUUCUAUGGGUGCCUUUUACAGCGAAGCUAUUUUGGGAAUUGUUGUAGUUUGUAUUUUUCCUAAGUCCAAGCGUGUACGUUUUUCGCAUUUUAUUUUUUAAUAAACCAUAAAGUAUUUUUUUUGUGCCAAUUUUCUUUAUGUAUGCUCUCUUCAUAAUUUAUCCACAUCGACACUAAAUUGAAAUGAAUGCUUUUCUGAUAAUACCGACUAAAACCUGGUACUACUAAAUCAAGUACAGUCGGAAAGAAAUGCACGCAUGCUGCUUUCGUCCAAUCAACCGGUCUGAUUUCGACGCCCUCCAAUCUGGUUUUACCUUUUGAGGGGAUGGGCAGAGAUUGUGCUGUGGCUAGCAGGCGCGGCGCCAUUUCAUCUCGGAGACCAGUGGCAUCCCACAGUGAAAGCAGGAGCAUCAUCAUGGUGAAAAUCUUCAUUGGGAAUUUGUCUCCAGACACCACGGUGGAGGAGCUGCGCUCCCUCUUCUCCCAGUAUGGCAAGAUCUCAGAGUGCGACAUAGUCAAGAACUUUGGCUUUGUACACAUGGAUGACAAAGCCAAGGCAGAAGAUGCCAUCAAGAAUCUCCACCACUACGAGCUCAACGGGCAGGCCAUGAAUGUGGAGAUGAGCCGCGGCAGACCCAAAGCCUCUACCAAGCUCCACGUGGGUAAUAUCAACAGCAGCUGUACCAACCAAGAACUACGGGCCAAGUUUGAGGAGUACGGCCCAGUGGUGGAGUGUGACAUAGUGAAGGACUACGCCUUUGUCCACUUGGAGCGUGUGGAGGAUGCCAUGGAGGCUGUCAGUGGGCUGGACAACACAGCCUUCCAAGGCAAACUGCUGAGCGUGAAGCUUUCGACUAGCCGCCUGCGUACUACGCCUGGCAUGGGAGAGAGGACUGGUUGUUAUCGGUGCGGGCAGGAAGGCCACUGGUCCAAAGAAUGUCCGCUCGACACGUUGGGCAACUACAGAGAGGGUGCCGAGCCACGCUCUGACGGAUUCGAUGGCGGUGCCCCCAGGUUCGGCGGGGGGAGUCGCAGCGGUCGCGUUUAUCAACGGGGCUUCAGUGGCGGCGAUCCAGGUUACAGUGGCAGCUACGCUUCCGUGCACGACUUUGGCAACAGAGGGUCUGUUUACGGCAGCGGCAGUGUACCCGGGUAUGGCAGGGGCGCGGGCUACGAGAGCGCAAUGAGUUACAGUGUCCCGCAGGGUUAUGGAAUGAGCGCUGCCGAACAAUGCAUGGCCCGGACAUACGCCAGCGAGGCAGCGUACGGCUGCACCAGCUCGAGCUAUGGUGUGAUCCCAGCCAACCCAGUGCGCCGGUCAUCUUACGAGGACCGGGAUCCUUAUGGUGUUGUGGACUUCUACGAGAAGUACCGGGCUCGCUCGUAUGGAGCCGGUUAUUUCGAAGAGCGCCGGUCUGUCCCUUUGCCAGCCCCACCUCCCCCCUCCUCCUCAGCCAUAAUGAGGGAGCGCCUGCCGCCCUCUAGCCUCGACCUAUACGAGCGCUGUCCCCUCCCUCCUCUACCAGCCUCCAUCUCCUCAUACUACUCCCGCGACCGGAGCCCAAUCCGGCGAAUCCCUGCUGAUGCUGAGGGCUACGCGUACGAGCGCGCGCGCCUCUCCCCGGUGUCCUCCCUCCCCAGAAGCUUGGCUUAUGGCAUCCCGCGGGACCCCUACGCCGAGCGGGCGCGCUAUGCUUACUAACCUUUUUCCCACUUGUCCAGGUGUCGCAACAGUGUCGUGCUCGGUUGGCCAUCUUAGUUCCGUCUCGCUAUGCGUUUCGACGUGGUCGUGGGAUGGAUGGGGAAUGUGCGGACCUUUUACCUUCACUGUUCGAUAUCUGUCUUGUGUGUUAACUGAU